ACCACGCUUUUUGUGCGCGGUACGGUAAAGUGUUGCAAUUUCGAUCACCAUGCACAGGACAACGAUUGCUAAGUAUACAAAGUUUUCCACUGAUGAGCUGCAAAAAUCACUCUCCGAUCCACUGUCCUGCGUGACCGCGGUACAGUUGAACGAGAUCCUGAGCCUGCGACCGCGUGACUGCGAGCACAUUGUGAAGGGUGUAAGACGCAGCGUGACGGACAAGAUCGGGCGAUACCAUCCGAAGGUGAACGGUAUCGUGCUCGGUUAUGCUAAAAUUCGUGUUGAUAAUGCCCUCUCAGCACUACGACUGGACAGUCCGUUCCUGCACGUGCGGGCCACCAUUGAUUAUUACAUCUUUCAGCCCCGUAUCGGAUCUCCAUUGCAAGGCACAGUGAACUACAUCUCGAAGCAGUUCGUCAGUGCCAUGAUCUACCGGGUGUUCAACGUGACAGUCAAGCUAGGCAAUGAUAUAAAGCGACAGAAAACACUAACGAAAGGAAUGAAUAUUUCGUUUAUCGUUAAAUCGUGCGACAUGAAGAGUGAAAUACCCGUCAUCGAGGGUGAGCUCGUUGUGGAUGAAGUAACAACAUCAACCGGACCACGUAUCAAGCAGGAACCAGGCGAAGACACGACCAUCGGUAGCUCUACUGACGAGGAGCAAGAGGAUAUCUCGAUGGAAGAGGAUGCUGUAGACAGUGCCCCGUCGAUAGUUAAACACGCACCGAAAACGAAGAAAACUAGAACGGAAAAGAAGCCGAAAAAUAUUGUAAACGGAAGCACCGGAUCAGUACAGUUAGAUACUGCUAUUGAUUCAUCCGAUGAAUCGGAGGAUGAAAAAAGUGUCUAUAUUAAGUCACUACUCGGCGAGAUGUUCGGCGAUGAAUUUAAAAACGGUGAUAGCAAAAAGAAGCAUAAAAAGAAAAAGGAAAAAUCGUCAAAAAAGAAAUCUAACGAUGAGACGGUUACCGUUAAGCAGGAACCGAUAUCGACGGACGAAGAGGAAGCUUUGGGAUCCAGGCAGAAUGCCAGCACGUCUAACGUUGGGUCGGGUUUAUCGAACGGGACGAAUGGGUUCCGUACGAACGGUAGCUUAACAUCGUCGUCCAAGAAAAAGCAUCAGCCUGCGAUACCUGAGAUCAAAACUGAACCAACUGAAAGUAAAAAGAAGAAGAAACUUGUUGAAUAAUAUAAUUGAACGCUUUCCCACAUAAA